AUGAAAUCAACACAAUCAAAUCAAUGUGGUUCAACAGUUGGUAAUACAGUUCCUGGAAGAGGGAAGAGAAGUGAAAAUUUUGAUUGGCCAAAUUUUUCACCAUCAAGUUUUAAUAUUGAAACUGAUUUUAGAAAGUGGAAGAAUGAAAGUAUUGAAUAUUGGAAGAAGGUUUCUAGUAAUUUGAAUGGAGAUUUAUUGAAUGAUGAAAAAUUAAAGAUGAAUGAAAUGGGAUUAACUUUAAAUUCUCAUUUGAAACCUAAAGAUGGACAUUUACCUAUUUGGUUGAGAGUAUUUAAGAGAAGAACACCACUUGAUAUUUCACUAGCAGCCAUUUGUAAGAUUGAUGAUAUUUCUGAUACAAUUUUAUAUGUUACUGUUGAUGGUGGUGAUUUUGAUCCAGUUUUUGAAGAAUUGGAGAAGGUUACUUGCGUGAAAGUUAAAAUUUAUUUCCAUCCAAUUUUGAGUGAUUUGAAAAAUUUAGGUUUAGGUGAAAGAAAUUUAGACAAUUCACUCACUCUAAAUUCACAUUACGUUUAUGGAAUGUAUCUACUCACUCAGAAACUUAAUUAUCCCUAUGUGAUUACAAUUGAAGAUGAUUUGGAAGCUAGUCCUGAUUUUUACAGAUAUCACUACAGUUUAUAUCAUUUAGUUUAUGGAAAGAAUGCAACCUAUUAUGAUAGUAAGAAAAUAUUUGCAAUUGCUGCCUUUGCACAUGGUCCACACAUUGAUUGUAAUUUCAUUGUUGCAAAACUCUCAAAUGAUUAUACAUCAAAAUGUGGAAUGGCCUCUGUUCAUCAAUUAAUUGAAGAGAAUUAUUUUCCAGGAUGGGGAAGUGGUAUUGCUAAAGAGAUUUUCCUUGAAUAUUGGAGGGAUUGGAGAUUUAAUGGUUAUAUUUAUGAUUAUGGUUUAUCACAACUCAGAACAGGAGAUUCAGGAUCACCUCGUUAUACACUUGUUCCUUGCUCAACUCGUGUAAGAACCAUUGCAAAUAAUGGAGUGAAUGGAGGAAACUCUGGGGGCUGGGGUACACAAAUUCAUCAUUUCCCAAGUUGGAAUCAAAAACCAUCAGAUAGAGUGUACUAUGUCGAUAGGAGAGAUGGUGUUGUACAUGCUGAUGUUAAAGGAAAAAUAAUGUACAAUAAGCUUGUUUAA